AUGCGAAUAAGAAUAGACAAGCAUUGGCAAGAGCUUGUUCUGAGGGGAUUUCUGCCUUCUUUGGACCCGGGGAAGUCUAUGGGAGGCGGUAUCACCGCCAAGGAGGCCAAGCUUGGAGAAACCGACCGAAAUCUGCCCGUAACUUCGGUGACGCCAAGCAGCCAAGUCCUCGCUCGCUAUCAAGAUUUUAGUCUCGUAUUUGUUGUCUUCUGGGCGGUCGCCUCUGUUCUGGCACACCCCGUCAACCAACAGCGCGACAUCAAAAUCAUUGGCCGCACUGAGUCUGUCAAGGUUGUUGCCGAAACCUCCAAUAGGCUCCAGAUGCUUUCUAUUGGAAACCAGGCGUUCCGUGAUAAACUUUCGAAGGAAUCACCAACUCUUUUGAAGACUUUAGCAGAUGAAGGUCAAGCACCCCCUUUCAUGUUCUUGGGAUGCUCUGACAGUCGUGUCAGCGAGGGUACAAUCUUCUCUGCCCAGCCUGGAACGCUUUUCACUCAGCGCAACAUUGCCAAUCAGUACCACAAGACUGAUCCGAACGCCCAAUCUGUGCUCUCUUACGCCGUCUCUGAAUUGGGAGUGAGCCAUGUUAUUGUUAUGGGGCAUUAUGGCUGUGGAGGAGUUGCUGCUUCCAUUGCCUCGGCUCCUACUGCGGAAAUUGACGCUGCUAGCGGCUCUAUUCAAAGCUGGAUCUCGCCCAUCCGCAAUAUCUAUGAAACAUCGACCAGAGCCGAGAUCGUCGAGCACAGGGUCAAGCAUGCCAACGCAUCUCUUGUCGAGGAGCCUGAAAUCCAAGAUCCGGCAUUCCGUGCUCUUGUCGAAGAGAACGUCAAGGCGUCCGUCAACAGCAUCGUCAAGGACUCUGUUAUUUCUAACCACUUCGCCGCUUUGUCUGCUGCUAAGAAUGUCACUGGCAACGCGAGGCGCAGCGGGGGAGGCCCCGCCAAGGAUGUUUUCGUCCAUGGCUUCGUCUACGACAUUGAAACCGGUAUUGUCCAUGACCUCGGCGUUUCCGUUGGCCCCCCCGGAGUCCCCAUUCCUACCGUCCCCUUCUCUGCUGUAGCGAAGGCUGCCACUGAGGCUUCCAAAGCACAUGACUCCGGCUCCUCUUCCCACUCGACUGAAGCCCCAAAGAAGCGCUCCAGGUUCUGGAGAAGAACCUCAGCCUAA